AUGGCGUCUGGACAAGAACCACAGCAGCAGUCGUUGGACGACUUCCUCCGACCUCUGCACAUAACCGACGACACUGUUCUCUCGCUCUCGCGGGAGUUGUACAACACGUUCUUGCAACUGUCUAAUAAGUCAGACAACCAGUUCUUGCCAACGCCCAUCAGCGAGUCCCUCCUUCGGCGGGUCGACGGCGCCGAUCGCGGCCGGUACCUUGCUAUUGACAUAGGAGGAACGAAUCUCAGAGUCGGCUUUGUAGAGCUGCUCGCCGGUGGGGCUGGCGAGACCAGCAACGAGGGCGCUUCAGUUAAUGGGAGAGGAUUCUCGUCGUUUGCACUCCAGUCCCCACGGCUGCGUCGGCUCCUGGAGCGAUCAUGGCCCAUUGGCGAGCAGCUCAAGGACCAGAACCCAGACAACCUCUUCGACUUCAUCGGCGAAUGCAUAUCAGUCGUCGUCGGCCAGGCUUGCACAGACUGGGGCCUCGAUCCUCAGACCGAGUUACCCAUGGGCGUCACUUUCAGCUUUCCCAUGGAACAGAAGUCACUGCAGGAGGCAACCCUCAUGCCCAUGGGCAAAGGAUUUGCGCUCGAUUGCAAAGUCGACCUGGGAGCCUAUUUACUUGCGGGGUACGAAGAGCAUCGCCGUGCAAACCUGCCGCGUAUCAGGGUCGCAGCCAUUGCGAACGACGCAGUCGCAAGCCUCGUCUCGUUCAUUUACCAGUUCCGGGCAAAGCCAAACCAGAGCGCCGCCAUGUCCCUCAUUUGCGGGACCGGCACCAAUGCCACAAUACCUUUGAAACUCAGCACCCUCAAGGAAAGCAAGCGGCCCAAGACAGUGAGCGUCAUACCCGGACAGGCUGGCAAUGACGUGAAGAUAGCCGUGAACACCGAAUGGAGCAUCAACGGUACACAACUUGUCCUGAGCAGCCAUGGUAUCAUAACCAAAUGGGAUACACUGCUAAACAUGAACGUCGAAAGGCCCGGCUUCCAACCCCUGGAGUACAUGACGUCUGGUCGAUACCUCGGCGAGCUGGGUCGCAUCAUAUUUCAAGAAUACUUAACAAAGGUUCUGCGGUAUGACAUCUUCGAACUUCCACUCAAGCUCAGGGAGCCGUUCGCCCUAAGCACAACCUUCCUCAGCCAUUUCAAACCUGAAAGCAAUAAAAAUGGCACCCUGGUGGAGCAACUGCGGAGGGAGUUCCCGAUUGUGGAGAAGGAGAACACGAAGUUCUCCGUUCACGAACAGCUUGAGUGGACACCAGAGAUCGCCGAGGCACUCUACCGCAUAGCAGUUGCCAUCGAGGUCCGGGCUGCAGGCCUCAUGGCUGCUUAUACAAUCGGCUUGCUCACCUUAGCUGAAAACCUGCCACCGCCCCUGAAGAAGCACUCCGUAGUUCCUAGACACAGUCCGGGCGAGCUUGUCGUUGGAUACACAGGGGGAUGUAUCACAGCUUUUCAGAACUACCUGAAAGACUGUCAGGCGUUCCUCGACAGGGUCAUCGUGCUGGAGUUCGGCAAGAACAAAUACCGUAUUCUCCUCAGUCCAUGUCACGAUGGAGGAAUUACGGGGGCGGGAAUCUUGGUUCCGGCAUCAUUGCAUAGCGAGGAGAAAUAG